CGCUCGGUCACUGAGCUCUUUGUGCCCGGGGAGGGGAGGGGGGUGCUCUGCAGCGAACCUCCCCACACAGCAGGCGGGAGUCCCGGCGUCAGCAGCCACCGCGCCCCGGAGAACAGGACGAAGUCUCUAAAGGGAGGUUUGUUACAGGAGGGGCGAACCAGGACCAGGACCAGGACCAGGACCAGAAUUAGGAUCAGGGCGGUGAGUGGAGGAGGAGGGAGGAAAACUUGAAGCAACAACGAGAAUAAAGGAGGAGAAGGAGGGGGCGGGUACUGAGAGCAGUCUGGAUCUCCAGACGCACAAUUGUCUCUGACAGCACCCGGAUCGAUCUGAUCCACGUUGAACCCGGAACAAAUGGAGGCCGGUGCGGGUCUGAGCCCACACCUCGGCUCGGCGGAUGCAGAGAUGUGGCCGCAGAUCAGCGCAGAGAACUGCUACGAGCUGCUGACAAAAGCCAAGAGGAGCGGCGCGGAGGAGCAGAAGGAGCGGCUGUACCGGUACAUGAGCGACCACUACCUGACUGUGCUGCGGACCCCCGGCGUGUUCGGCCGGCUCAGCGCGGGGGAGAGGGAGCACAUUCUGGCCCGGAGGAUGGAGGGGACCAAGAUGCUGGCGGUGGCCGAGACCUGCGAUGUAUUGGAGCGCGGGGGGAGCCGGGAGGACAGCCGGCCACAGAGCCCGCUGCUGGCCGCCCCGGAGGACUCCAGCCAGCGGCGGGUAUUCUGCCUCCACCCGGAGCGCCGGCAGUGGGAGGUGCUGACCAGCCUGCCGGAGGACAUCCCGGCCAGAGGCUCCGGGAUGUGCACCCUGUACAACUACCUGUUCGUGGCGGGGGGCAUGAGCGCGCAGGGGGACGGCCGCUCCAAGGCGUCGGACCGGGUCUUCUGCUACAACCCGCUGACCGGAUCCUGGAGCCAGACCCGCCCGCUCAGCCAGCCCCGCUGCCAGCUCAGGCUCGUCUCCAUGGACGGGUACCUGUUCGCCGUCGGGGGGGAGUGUCUGUUCACUGUGGAGCGCUACGACCCGCGUGCGGACAGGUGGAGUCCGGUGGCUCCGCUGCCUAAAGGCUCCUUCGCCGUUGCACACGAGGCGACGUCGUGCGGCGGCGAGCUGUUCGUGUCCGGCGGCUCGCUCUUCUACCGCCUGCUGCGGUACGACUCCCGCAGGGACGAGUGGGAGGAAUGUCCGUUCAACGAGAGCCGCCGGCGGUCCACGGACAUGGUGGCGCACCGCAGCCUCGUGUAUCGCUUUGACGUGGACCGGGAGCGCGCGGGGGUGAACGUGUACAAGUACAACACGGUAGUGAAGGUGUGGCACGGCGGUGCGUCCUUCCCGCUCCGCAACCCGCUGCCGUUCCGCUGCGCGGUGCUGGAGGACCGGAUCUACUGCGUGAACCGAAGCCAGACGCUGCAGUUCGAGGUUCGGGAAGAGCGGGAAGGCUUCCUGGCGGAGGUGCUGCCCGCCCCCGCAGAGGCCAGAGGGGCCCUGGUGCCCUUCGUCCUCUCACUGGACCGGAGCAAAUGAGUCAAUCCGGGAUAAGAACACAGCGUGCCUUUUGGUUCCAGUCCGGUUCGUUUUAUAACUUGUUGCUGCAGAUGGGACGGAACAUCUGAACGGCGGAGCAGAGAAUGUUUCCUCUUCCUGUCCAGUAGUGGACUGCCAGAACCAGAGUCUGGUUCAGAGUCUGGAGGCCUGUCGAUGAUCUCACCAGAGUCCAUCUGAAUGUCAUUUAUGGGGGUAAUCAGAUUACUCUCCUGUCGUGUGUCCUCAUGAGUCCAGACUGACCUGAGGAUGGACCAGAACCUCCCAAGGACUCAUACUGGACUCUGACCAACCACACGGUGACUAACUGACCAAUGAGAACGCAGCAUGCUGCAGAGAACCCGUCCAUCAUGGCAAACUUUUCUGUUUGACUGCAAACAACCAGAUCUUUGUUUGUGCCUCAAUGAAAUAACAAGUCCAGCAGAAGAAAUGCAUGCUGGGAGGUUUUGAUUUAAAACCAUAACAAAUUGUUAUAUGUGAAAGAAAAAAACGUCCAAAAGCCUCCAAGAUCCAGUUUGAACGGGACGUAAAUGCAGUUAAGUGUUCAUGUAGUUCACUGAAAUAAAAGUUCUGAUGAGCAGAA